UUCAUUAUCACCAACCCCACAAACUCUUUUGGCUUGCCUAAUCAGUUGUUUAGCCAAUUAAGUAACCUGCUUUUUUUUUUAUUUUUUAUUUUUGUUUCUCUUCAAUUCUGUGCUUUCAUCACUCUCUCUCUCUCUCUCAAUUACACAAACACACAACGGCACAUAUGGCUGAAAAUCAAAAUCCUCCAUUUCCAACAUAUUAUAUCAUGCAGCUGCUGGUGAUUAAUAUGUUAUUCUUUGUAAGCACCGUAGCCAAACCCAAUACACUCCCAUUCGAGCUUCAAACCCAGCUGCUGGAUGUGGGCUAUAAUAAGCUUCGUGAUGAUCCUGACUCCAUCAAAUUAGCAUCCACCGAUUACGGCCAUCUUGUUAGACAGAUUCCAGCAGCUGUUUUCUAUCCAUCCUCCCCAAACGACAUUGUGAGUCUCAUAAACUUGGCAAACAAUGUUUCAGUUCCUUUCAGCAUAGCUGCUAGAGGUCAGGGCCAUUCUGUUCGAGGACAGGCCAUGGCCCAUAACGGCGUCGUUGUCGACAUGAUGUCUCUUAGAAAGUUUCGAAAACACCGAGCCGGCGGCGGCGGCGGUGGCGGUGGUGACUCUGGUAUCGUCGUCUCCAGUGACCCUUCUCUUGGUUUCUACGCCGACGUUGGAGGAGAGCAGCUGUGGGUGGAUGUGUUGCAUGCCACACUAGAACAUGGACUUGCACCGGUCACCUGGACCGACUAUUUGCGGAUCACCGUCGGCGGAACGCUCUCUAACGCCGGCAUAAGCGGACAAACUUUCCGACAUGGUCCUCAGAUUAGCAAUGUAUAUGAAAUGGAUGUAAUCACUGGUAAAGGGGAAUUUGUGACUUGCUCACCGCAAAAGGAGUCCGAGCUAUUUUAUGCGGUUCUUGGAGGUCUAGGCCAGUUUGGGGUUAUAGUCAGAGCAAGAAUCGCCCUAGACCCUGCCCCAAAAAGGGUCAAAUGGGUACGGAUGCUUUACAAUGACUUCUCAGCGUUUACCAAAGACCAAGAGCGUUUAAUUUCAAUGAAUGGAAGGAGACAAAAUAAUGCACUGGACUAUUUAGAAGGUUCACUUCUAAUGAACCAGGGCACUACAGAAAAUUGGAGAUCUUCCUUUUUUCCACAAUCCGAUCAAUUAAGAAUACUUUCCCAAGUAAAUCAACACGAAAUCAUCUACUCCCUAGAAGUAGCCAAAUAUUAUGACGACCAAACCCAAAACACCUUGGACAAGGAGCUGCGGCUUUUAUUUAAAGGGUUGAACUAUAUGCCUGAAUUUAUGUUCGAGAAAGAUGUUACAUAUGUAGAAUUUCUAGAUAGAGUUCGCAGUGGAGAGCUAAAGCUUCAAUCACAAGGACUGUGGCAUGUUCCUCAUCCGUGGCUUAAUCUCUUUAUUCCCAAAACUAAUAUCUCGGAUUUCAAUUCGGGUGUCUUCAAGGAAAUUGUUCUAAAACGUAGUAUUACCACCGGACCCGUGCUUUUGUACCCAAUGAAUCGAAACAAAUGGGACGAUAGAAUGUCCGCGGUUAUACCGGAUGAAGAUGUUUUCUACACAGUUGGAUUUUUGCAUGCCAGCGGCUUUGAUGAUUGGGAGUUGUUUGAUAAACAAAACAAAGAGAUAUUGGAGUUUUGUGACAAUGCUGGUAUUAAGGUUAAGCAGUAUCUUCCCCAUCACAAAACACAGGAAGGGUGGAUAAACCAUUUUGGUUCCAAGUGGAAAACUUUUCGAGAGAGGAAAGCUCUGUUCGAUCCUAAGAAAAUACUAUCUCCAGGACAGAGAAUUUUCAAUGACCAGUACUGAAAUGGAUAUUUUGCCCUCUUUUUUUUUUUUUUUUUUUUUUUUUUUUUUUUUUUCCCUAAUUUUUUUAGCAUUAUGUGAUAAUGGUGUUUUAAUCAGUUUAGCUGUAAGGAUUAUUGGCUAGGCCUAAAAAAUUAUUAUGUAAAAAUAGGGUAACUGAAUGGCAGCAGAUGCCCUUGUGUUUCGCAUGUUAAUUUUUCUGUUUAUAUGAGGUAAACUUGUUCACACUUAAACG